GGCCCUCGUUUCGGCUUGUUGGCUAGGUGUGCUUGGGUCAGAGCACCCGAGUCACAUGUCCUUGGUUCGAGGGCUGGUGAGAGAGAAGAAGAAAGAGAGAAAAUGAAGCAUAAUCAAAAGAGGUAUUCCAAAAUACCUCCCUUUUUCAAUGCCCUUACUAAAUUAGUAAAUUUGCUAGCUCCACACCAUCUUUUUUUGUUAUGUCCCCUUUAAUUUUCACACCUUUUGGCGCUCUCUUUCCAUACGGGUGCCUUCUCCUCUUCUAGUCGUCUUCUCCCUUCUCCAGCAAGAAUGGAAGACAGCGAAAGCGCGAGCGGUGAUCAACGACCAUGGCAAUCUUAUCACACUGUUUACACCAACGCCAAAGCAGGCAUGGAUGGAGUUGAUAAAGAGAAAGUUCAAAGAGUAGUGUACGAGAUGAGCAAGGGAUCAAAGUAUUUCGAAAACGAAGAGCGAAAAGAGGCCUUUAUUCGGCAAAAAAUAGAGCAUAUGCGAGCUCGAGCGGCAAAGAUCCCCGCCGCUGAUUUAUCUCAUUAUCAAAAGGUUGUGGAUAAAAGAAUUUUAGAACUCGAAGCUACGCGUGAGCUUUCAAGGAUUUGGCUUCAUGUAGAUAUGGAUGCUUUUUAUGCGGCUGUUGAAACUUUGAGUAAUCCUUCGUUAAAGGGUAAACCGAUGGCUGUUGGCGGCAUGUCCAUGAUUUCCACUGCUAAUUAUGAGGCACGGAAAUUUGGGGUUCGUGCUGCAAUGCCUGGAUUUAUUGCACGUAAAUUGUGUCCGGAAUUGAUAUUUGUUCCCACAGAUUUCGAGAAAUAUACUCACUAUAGUAAUUUAACUAGAAAAGUUUUCCAGAACUAUGAUCCUAAUUUCAUGGCUGCGAGUUUGGAUGAAGCUUAUCUUGAUAUUACUGAGGUCUGCAAAGAAAGAGGAAUUAGUGGUGCAGAAAUUGCUGAAGAGCUCAGAUCCAGAGUACAUGAAGAGACUGGUCUGACAUGUAGUGCAGGAGUGGCUCCAAACCGCUUACUUGCUAAGGUUUGCUCAGAUAUUAACAAGCCAAAUGGACAGUUUGUUUUACCAAAUGACCGCAUGGCUGUCAUGACAUUUAUAUCCUCACUUCCUAUUCGAAAGAUUGGGGGCAUAGGCAAGGUCACAGAAAACAUUUUAAGGGGUGUUCUUGGAAUCAAUACGUGUGAAGAGAUGCUGCGGAAAGGCAGUUUCCUCUGUGCGCUAUUUUCUCAUUCUACAGCAGAUUUUUUCCUCUCUGUUGGACUGGGGCUUGGAGGGACGGAUACACCUGAAGCCAGGUUUCGGAAAAGUAUCAGCAGUGAGAGAACAUUUUCAGCUACACAGGAUACUGCAUUGCUUUAUCAGAAAUUAGCUGAUAUUGCAGAGAUGCUGUCAGCUGACAUGCAAAAAGAGGGCCUUUGUGGACGGACAUUGACUCUUAAACUUAAAACUGCAUCUUUUGAGGUUCGUACAAGGGCCGUCACUUUGCAGAAAUAUAUUUGCUCAAGUGAUGACAUCUUAAAAUAUGCUUCAAGGCUGUUAAAGGCUGAACUUCCUAUUUCUUUGAGACUGAUAGGCCUGCGAGUGUCUCAUUUCAAUGAAGAUAAGGUGGGUGUACCCGUCGACCCUACACAAAAAACUCUCACCACAUUUUUAAUAUCAGGAGAUGCUUCUACAAAAAUUGUGGAUGAUCAAAGCUCCUUUGGUUCAGAUUUAAGCGAUCUCCACUUCAGGAAUGAUAGGGAAACUGUCUUUUCUGUUGACAUCCAUGAGACAUGUCACUAUGAGUUUGGAGAUCCAUUUAAAAGCAAUCCGUUACAAGAUGUAGAUGACAACAAUUGCAUUUCAAGUGAAAAUGCUUGGGAAAUGGAGCAAAUUCACGAACUUUCAAGCAACAAAACUGAGGCCAUGGUGAAGACUGCUGAUGGGGUAGUGCAUACCCUAAAACCUUCUAAUGGAGUUUUAUGGGUGUCAGAAGAAGAUUCUUCUGUCCAGAAGGAGCCUGAGGACAGUAACCCUGACAGAUUAAACAAAGAAGCUAGUACCUUGGGAAAUGAGGAAUUUUUUUUAUCCAAUCAUAUAGAACAGUUAUAUUGGGUCGAUGACUACAGGUGUUCAUUGUGUGGAGCUGAAUUACCCUCAAGUUUUGUUGAAGAAAGACAAGAGCACUCUGAUUUUCAUCUUGCUGAGAGGCUUCAGAAGGAGGAAUCUGGUGCAGACUCAAGAGCGAUGAUGCCAAGGCAAAGGAUUGUUCCACAGGACCAUGUUGUGAACCAAAGAAGGCGUAAGAAGCAUAAAUCAUCUCCAAGACAAGGCAGACAUCUGCCAAUUGAUUCAUUCUUUGUUAAGAGCAAUCAGAAUUUUUAGUAUUAUGCUAGUCGUAUAUGUAUUGUUCUGUAUAGUUUGUUGACCUUACAGUAGUUUUGUGUAUUUAUACUGCAGUGAAUUGUAUAAAUUUAAAUAUUUACUUCCA